AUCUUUCGAGACCACUUUUCAGCGAAGUCAUUUACGCUACUAUUGAAGGAAAACUUUCUACCAGUAGACCCUAUUUCCAACAUUAUAGUGUUUACAAACAGUUUUCCAGAGGAAGAAGAUGGGUUCUCCCUCUGAAAUUUGGAUGAUUUUAGUGUUAAUUGCUUCAACGAAUCUGGUAACUGCUACUGCGGAUACCAACUCGAGAAACAUCAUAGAGUUGAAAGGGGGACCCGAUGGAGUUGUAUGGGUGGUUCAGCUUUCUGAUCUCCACUUCAGCGUACACCACCCUGAUCGGGCUCUCUCAUUCAGACAGCUUGUGCCUUCAACUUUGGCCAUGAUCAAUCCUGCUUUAGUGCUAAUUACAGGAGAUAUCACAGAUGGGAAAAGCAAAGAUCUGUUAAAAAUGAAACAAGAUAAGGAUGAAUGGAUAGAGUAUCAUGAGGCUAUGAAGGAUACUAUUGCAAAGAGUGGACUAAGGGAGGAAAUAUUUUAUGAUCUACGUGGAAACCAUGAUACGUUUGGAGUACCAUUGCGUAAUAGCCAUUUUGAUUUCUUCUCCCAGUACAGCUUAAGUGCAUCUGUAAAUCGCACAGGAAAUGUUCACAGUGUCACACUUCAGAACAAUGGAUGGAAACACCUUUUCAUUGGUUUCGACAGUGCUCUGUCUGUUGGUUUGCGUGGACCAACAAACCUGUUUGGGCAUCCGACAGAUAAAUUGUAUUCAGAACUUGCCACAGAAUUAAGUCAAUGGGACACACAGCAGUCGGAUCCAGUGACCAAAAUUGUCUUUGGUCAUUUCCCAUUAUCAUUUUCGGAAGGUACAGAGACAGGGAAGCGUCUAGAAGAUCUUUUCUCCAAGCAUGCCAUAUCAGCCUAUCUAUGUGGGCAUUUGCAUACAAAGUUUGGUAGAAAUUUACAGAGGCAUCAUUCUCGUUUACCCCGUCCCUCUAAAACAUUUAAUAAGUAUUUCCAGAUUAAUGCACAUGAUAUGACAACUAGCACUGAUGAAAAGCAACUGUGUGGCUUGAAUAGCUUGGAGGAAUUUUGGGAGUGGGAAAUGGGGGAUUGGAGGAAAAGCAGGAUAAUGCGAAUCAUUGCCAUUGACAAGGGGCAUGCAUCAUUUGUUGACUUUGACUAUGAAGGGAUUCUUGAUAAUGCAUCAACAGCUAUGCCAACUAUCAUAGUUCCAACAUUUCCUUUGGAUUCUCGAAUGAUGCAAAGGAUAUCUUCCUUGCAUAUGCAACAGUGCAGAACAAAUUACAUACCCUCUCAUGAAUCAAUACGAGCUUUGGUAUUUUCAGCUACUCCAAUCACUUCUGUCCAAGCCAAAAUCUAUGACUCCAUAUCAGGCAAAUUGGAUGUGAUUAUGGAAACAAAAAUGGAAAUGGAAAAACAUUCAGACAUAACAAAUAGAGGGAAGUUAUACAGUGCAAACUGGGACUGGAAAAGGUUUAUAGAUUCAUCUCCCAACCGAUAUUGGUUACAAGUUGAGGUAUUUGACAUCUCUGGCAAGCACACAUACAGCCAGAUAAGACCAUUCUCUGUAAAUUUUAAAGCAGCUCCAUUAAAAUGGACAUGGAAAGAAUUUCUGGUUCUAGGGUGUCAGUGGGAUUUGCUAUAUAAACUGCUUCUCUGGUUAAUGAUUGUUUCUCUCCUAGCUUCUCUUUUACUUCCAAAAUUAUUACUUUUAUAUACAGGAAAUGGGAAUCAGUUUAACAGAUGGACAUCAGCUACCUUGAACUGGAAAAGUUUGAGUAACGUUUUAUUUAAAAUCCCCUUAUGGAUUCUGAUUGAAGCAUCUAAAAUAAACCUUAUUUGGUGGGGUCAGCUUCUUCAUUUAGUAUACUUGAUCUUCUUCCCUUGGUUUUAUGGACAAGUUCUGACAGAGGACUACAAAACUGGCUAUAUGACCCAUAAGGGUUGGACAGUUAGCAUUCCAGAAUUACCAUUUAGUCAAUCUGGCAUUGGUGUGCCAGAUGUGAUGGUGAUUAUUUUGCCUCACCUUUAUUUUGUAGUAUUUCCUCUUCUUUGGGUUGUCUCAGCUUUUGCUGCUGAGAGGGUAGCUUGUCAAAUGCAUUAUUUAUUAAAAUCAGAAAAGAAGGAAUUGGAGAGUCCAGUGAGAAGGAUAAAUGAUGCAAAGAAUUUCGAUGCUGAUGUAAUACCAAAGUUGCAGAUAAACAAAUCAAAUCCUGUACCUGCAAAGAUGGAUAGUAUAAACACUGAUCGAUGUUCCCAUAAUCAUUAUGCAAAGGGUUGUGCUGCCUCUUGUAUGCAUUGUGGCCGCUGGAUCAGGAAGGCUCUCCUGGGAGUUUGCCUUGUAAUUUUAUUUCAUCACUGCAUGCAAAGCUAUACACUGAUUCGUGCAUAUGGAGCAAAGGCUAUCCUUUCUUCUCCUGGAUUUGUCUGGCCAGUGCCCCUGCUGCUGACUUUAGCAGUUUGGAAGACCAAAGAUUUGAAUUACAUUUGAAGUGGGUGAACAGUGCAAAGCGAUGGGUGGAAGGCUCAGCUUCAUGGUCUUAUCUAUGAAGAAAAACACCCUUAAUCUUUCUAUCAAAUUUAACUGACAGAAAAAUAUACACCAUCGUUAUCAUUGUGGCAGUUUCAAGUAUCACAUCUGGGGCAAUAUUAUGACCAGCUCCAAAGUGCAAUUAUUUUAACAUAGUGGCACCUUAUUCACCAACAGGAGUUAUGAGCAAUCACAUACAGCCAAUAUCUUGCCUCAAGCUUUUCAGGAGCAAUAAAGACAGCACAGGUUGUUAACUUGUUUCUGACAUGAAGUACAUUUACGAUUUACUUUGAAUCCAUGUUACACAAGUAAUGAUCCAUUAUAUUGAUCAUAGAUUCAUAUAGAAAUAGUACCACCAAUAUUCAUGGAUGUAGUUGCAAAGAUGUUGGAUCAUUCCCUAUAGGAAUUAUAUAGUUAUUUAUGUUCUAUUAUGCCUUGCACAGAAAUAUAUAUUGAUUAGCAGUUCAACUAGAAGUUCUAGAAAUGACUCCUAAGUUGAUACUAAAUAGCAGAAGCACAUAUUGCUUUGUACAACAUUUAUGCACUCCAUCAUCAUAAGUAAACAAGAACUAAAACGGACCAUGUAUUUUGCUUAUUUCGGAAUUAUCUGAAUGCUCAGUAGUUCACAUUUGCACAAAGAUAUUUUCUGUUGAAAAUAUGUACACAGCUGUAAAUCUUAUAAAGUUGUGUCAAUUCUCAAUA